GAGGAAGUAAAGCUCAUUUUAGCUUCCUCGCGGGUGGAACGGGCUGCUUCAGGGGCGCGGUGGGGUUGCCACUUGAACUGAACGGGGCAGCGGGCGCUUGAAUGGAAUAAGGCGAGGGAAGAUGAACGAGCGGUGGUACCAUGAGGACAUCUCCCGGCCCAUGGCCGAGAAGCUGCUGGCUAAGGCUGCGCAGGACGGCAGCUUUCUGGUCCGGCAGAGCGAGUCCAUCGGAGGCGCGUUCGCCCUGUGUGUGCUGUAUGAAAAAGCUAUCUACACUUACAGGAUUUUUAUAAAUGAAGACAACUCAUUGUCUAUACAGUCCUCAGCGGGGAUCAAGUCGAAGAACUUUGAAAAGAUGCCCGACUUGAUUGAAUAUUAUAAGCAAGAGAAUGUGGGGCUGGUGACUCACCUGCGGUAUCCUGUGGAGCGAGUAGAAGAGGUGGAGAGCCCAGAGACAGAAGCAGGUGCAGCUGAUGUCAGUGACUCUCGCACAGAAACCAAGUGCGAUGUUAACCAGACCCUGGUCAACGAGAUCCUCGCACAGCGUCUUGAAGGAGUGGAUACAGGAGCUUUGACAAUGGUUCCAGCUGGAUUUCAGGAGGCUCUCCGUGACUACAUUCAGCGGGGUGUGCUCAAGGAUGCUGAACAUGUCAACGGCACGUCCACAGAGUUGUGGCAACUGAGGCUUUUGCUCGGCAUACUCACCAAAGGUCUCAACAGUGAGCUAAUGCAGAUAAUGUCGCCACUUGAGGCAUCACAGAGACUACUUGGUAACCAGCCAUCGCCUGGAGGAAGCACACAGAGCCAGAUUGCUGCAGAAGACAAUAUCAAAAAACUGCUUUCAGCGGCUGCGGAACUGAAUAGAAUGCUCUUAUCCAUGGAAAACCAGGUGAAGGAUUAUGAACCGGAGACUCCAGAUACAGAUGUUGAAGACCAGCAGUCACAAAUACCGCCAGUGACUUUUGAGGUGAAAUCGGAAAGUUUUGGAAUAUUGAUGAAACUUCAUUUGCAAGUGGACGUAGAACAUGGGAAGCUAAUCGUCAAGAAGUCGAAGGAUGAGGAUAAGUUUUACAGUCAUAACAAAAUUUUGCAGUUAAUCAAAUCACAGAAGUUCCACAACAAGCUGGUAAUCGUCAUUGAUUCCGAGAUGAAGAAGACACAACGGAAGGAGUAUGUCUUCACAGACUCCAAGAAGCGGGAAGGAUUCUGCCAACUUCUGCAACUGAUGAAAAAUAAACAUUCAGACUUUCCAGAACCAGACAUGAUCAACAUCUUCAUCGGAACAUGGAACAUGGGGAACGCCUCUCCUCCUGCGGACAUACGAUCAUGGUUCCAGUGUCGAGGCCAGGGGAAGACUCGGGAUGACACGGCCGCUGACAUUCCCCAUGACAUUUACAUCAUUGGCACUCAGGAGGAUACGCAGGGAGAGAAGGAAUGGGUGGAGCUGCUCAAAUCCACGCUGAAGGACAUCACCUAUAUAAAGUUUAAACAUAUUGCAACUCAGACCUUGUGGAAUAUCCGCAUCGUUAUCCUUGCAAAACCGGAACAUGAAAAUCGGAUCAGUCACAUCUCUACAAGCAGUGUCAAAACUGGAAUAGCCAAUGCUCUUGGUAAUAAAGGGGCAGUGGGUGUGUCCUUCAUGUUUAAUGGUACAUCCUUUGGAUUCAUCAACAGUCACCUGACCUCCGGCGGUGGGAAGAAGCUGAGACGAAACCAAAAUUACAUUAACAUCCUGCGCUUCGUUAACCUUGGAGACAAAAACCUGAGUCCAUUUGACAUUACUAAUCGGUUCACACAUCUCUUCUGGCUUGGAGACUUAAACUACAGAGUGGAGCUCCCAACACAGGAAGCAGAGAACAUUGUGGAGAAAAUCAAGCAGCAGCAGUACCAGGAGCUGUUGGCCAAGGACCAGCUGACCAUCGAGAAGAAUGACAAGAAGGUUUUCCUCCAGUUCCAGGAAGAAGAGAUUACAUUCCCUCCAACCUAUCGUUAUGAACGUGACAGCAGAGACACGUACAACUACACAAAACAGAAGGCCACAGGAGUGAAGUAUAACCUGCCAUCCUGGUGUGAUCGUGUGCUGUGGAAAAGCUAUCCCAAAGUUCAUGUUAUGUGUCAAUCGUAUGGGUGCACCACAGAUAUCGUCACCAGCGACCAUUCCCCGGUGUUUGCAACCUUUGAGGUGGGCGUAUCAACACAGUUCGUUUCUAAAACUGACCCAAACAAUGCUGACUCAGCGGGCACUAUCAACUUCCUCCACUGUGAAGCCACUCUGAAAACAAAAUCUAAGACCAAGUUCUUCAUUGAGUUCCACUCCAGCUGCUUAGAAGAUCCAGUGAAGAGUGCUGAAGGUGAGAAUCAAGAGUCGAAGGACGAGAACCUGACGGUCACGUGGAAUAAUCCCCCUGAGUUAAUGCCCAUUAUCUCUGACCCAGAGUACUUACUGGACCAACACAUUCUCAUCUGUGUCAAGUCUACAGACAGCUACGAAUCAUAUGGUGAGGGAUGCAUUGCUCUGCAAGCCGGCUCCAAUGAGAUAACGUUCAACGUCCCGUUGGAACACCGUGGAGAGGAGACAGGGAAGUUCAGCGGCUCCUAUAAACUGAUCAUGUCAGAGGGGAAACAGCGAGAGAAGACUUACGAUUUUAUACAGUUGGAAAAAGAUGAUAUGAUUUCAGUUAAACAAAACAAAACAAAUACUUACGCAGAACCUCAAAAAACCGGGGACAGAUCUGCAAGGUUAGCAACAAAAUCAUCCUCCAAUGUGGUGGCAGAAGAAGCAGCUGCCAAGGCUCGAGACCGAGUGCCGUUACCGUGCCUACCAGACAGCACCGCCAAGGAUGAUGCCAAGCCCUCAAGCAGCAUGCCUGAAAAUUCCUGGAAAAUAAACUCACCAAAAGCCCAAAGGAGGCCACAUACCCCAUUGUGUGAGCAGAGGUCAAUGGAGAUGAUUAGUAAUCCCUUGUAUGAAACAUUUGAACAGAGGCCAAACGCGGGCUUAAGGAGCGAGCCAGGAACAGCCUGGCCCCCAAGGAAAGAGGCCCCAGCAGCUGCGGAUAAGAUCUCUGCCAAUAAAUUGACCAAGUCAAAUAGGCAGGUGCUUCCCCAGACACCAGUGGUGCGGAAUCGCUCCUACACUGUUUCAGAGGUGAAGAGCUCGGCCCUGGAGAAGCCGCAGACCAAACAAGCUCCUGCCCCAGCUAACUUUUCCAAGCCAGGUGCCAACCUGCCAAGCACGUGGGCCCCCUUGCCCAACAGACCCCCACUGCCGGUCAAGAGUCAGAAGGUGCUGGAGCAACAGCACGCACUGAAAGACUACAGGGAUAGCACAGAGAUCAUGGGUCAAGCCAAGCAACGCGGCAGCCAAGGUGUAGGACAACAGGCCAGUGUCUCGUGAUCAAGACCAUGCCUGUGAUCCUUGUCAGGAACUUUAUGAAAAGUAAAGCAUUUCCUUUUUUCCUGUCUGCUUUUACUCCCUUGACAGAUGUAAGCUGUGGUCCUUUGGUUGGCAGAAUUCUUUCAAUAAGCUAAGUACCAGAGAGAGAGAGAGAGAGGUGAUUGAAUUAAUUCAGUACUGAUGCCAAGGAACUGGAAGUGAGGAUGCCCAGGCAGCCUAAAGAAGUUUCAGAGUUACAGGAGUUUUGAGAACCACCUACUCGUCACCCCACCCUCAACAUGCGCCUAUUUCGUUGGUGACAGGGAUUCAGUCUUUGGUUUCAUCCUUGCACCUUUCAACCGGAUCCAACCCAGGUGCACUGCAGCUUCAUCACUCGGCCUAUUCUGCUGAACGGCCUGGUUAUGGGAGCCACAUGAUCGCACUAUAAUCAGCAUCUUUCAGCUCAGGCAACAACACUAUUAACAUGGAUCACAGCACCAGAGUAGUCCGCCAGUUUGGAAAGCAUUAAAGGGAGGAGAAAGAACUGACUUUACUACAGCACUUUCCGCAAACUUGGAACAUCUAGAGGUGCAGUCGCUAUUAAAAUGCAGGAGAUACAGCACGCAACUUGUGCCUCACAGACAGCAGUUCUAUGUCGAGGGUGCUGAUAGGUGAAUAGAUAUCACACAGCACAUUGUAAAUAACUUCACUUCUCUUCAGCUUUGAACCAGGAGCGUUUCCGUUGUUACUGGACGGGCAUGCAGAACUUCAGUUCAACAUCUCUUUGGCUGUGACUGACAGAUCAAUGCUCCCCCAGUACUGCACAGCAGCACCCAACCUAACAUUCUGCUGAAAUGAUUUGAAAGGAGGCUUGACCCUCGGGCCAGCUGCAUUGGAGAUAGGAACACUACCCACUGUCCUGUGGCAAGAAGAGUCUCCUUGGUUGGGACACAGGGGCGUGGCUCAUGUGAGAAAGAUUGUGAUUUGAUUGUGUGGGGACGAGAAAGGACUGGAGGAGCAGUUAGAGUUAUGUGUCAGAAACCAUAAAAUGACACUUGUAUGCCUUCAGGUUUUGUCCUCAGUUUGCAAAUCACCCUGGAAGUUCUUCCCUGCAGGUUUGGAGAUAGUGCAAUCUGCCCCUGUGUGAAACGCCACAUAAGAUGUGUUAACCCUGCUGUCCAUUCUGUGACAUCAAGGAGAUGACAGUGGCUUAUGCCCUAAGAGGAACUGUUGAUAAUGCCUCUUCUCUACCCCUCAUACCCUCGUUUCACACUUGUAGGUGUCCCCAACUCUGCUGCCAUUGCUGUAGGAACAACUGCCUAUCAGAAGAAACCGUUUUACUUCCGCUGCUCCUUUCACCUGUCUGGGACAUGACUGAGGCCCUCAACACACUGCCAAGUGUCGCUCCCUGUGUAGUCUCAUGCUUUAAGGGAUGUACCAGUGGGAGGGGAGCCAGUAUCAGGCUCUUAGAUGCCUUUCAUCUCUUUCAUCUUUCCCAUACAACAAUGUUUUUCAAAAUUUUGACAUUUCUGUGGAACUUAACACUUGGCCUCCAUUUGUUAUUGAAUGUACAAUGACAACCCCAUGAAAGAGAACAUGGAUGAAAUAAAAUGCUGUCAAAUCAACCAUACAAUUUUGUCCUUGACCCCGUUUGAUGCUACUGGCUCAUGUGAUCCAGACUAACGUUUUCCAGCAUAGCAAUACAUCCUGGUGGUUUGGUGGCAUUUUGUCUCAACUUUGCACAUCCCCACUGUUGUGGAUAGUGUGGAGGGCUAUCAGAGUUUACAGCGGGACAUUGAUAGGAUGCAAAACUAGGCUGAGAAGUGGCAGAUGGAGUUCAACCCAGAUAAGUGUGAGGAGGUUAAUUUUGGUAGGUCAAAUAUGAUGGCAGAAUAUAGUAUGAAUGGUAAGACUCUUGGCAGUGUGGAGGAUCAGAGGGAUCUUGGGGUCCGAGUCCAUAGGACACUCAAAGCUGCUGAGCAGGUUGACUGUGUGGUUAAGAAAGCAUACAGUACAUUGCCUGUCAUCAAUCGUGGGAUUGAGUUUAGAAGCAGAGAAGUAAUGUUGCAGCUAUAUAGGACCCUGGUCAGACCCCUCUUGGAGUACUGUGCUCAGUUCUGGUCACUUCACUAUAGGAAGGAUGUGGAAACUAUAGAAAGGGUGCAGAGGAGAUUUACAAGGAUGCUGCCUGGAUUGGGGAGCAUGCCUUAUGAGAACAGGUUGAGUGAACUUGGCCUUUUUUCCUUGGAGCGAUGGAGGAUGAGAGGUGACUGAUAGAGGUGUAUAAGAUGAUGAGAGGCAUUAAUUGUAUGGAUGGUCAGAGGCUUUCUACCAGGGCUGAAAUGGCUAACACAAGAGGACACAGUUUUAAGGUACUCAGAAGUAGGUACAGAAGAGAUAUCAGGGUAAGUUUUUUUAUGCGGAGAGUGGUGAGUGUGUGGAAUGGGCUGACAGCAGCGAUGGUGGAGCUGGAUACAAUAGGGUCUUUUAAGAGACUCCUGGACAGGUACAUGGAGCUCAGAAAAAUAGAGGGCUAUGGGUAGCACUAGGUAAUUUCUCAGGUAAGGACAUGGUCGGCACAGCUUUGUGGGCUGAAGGGCCUGUAUUGUGCUGUAGGUUUUCUAUGCUUCUCUGAUAUAAAUUAAAGGUAAGGGGUAAGAGAUUUAGAGGUGAUCAGAUAGGGACCUUUGGCACCCAGAGAGAAGUGAGACACUGUCUGAGAGAGGGAUGGAAGCUGAAUCACUGAUAACAUUGACAAAGUGUCAGGACAAGCCCAGGCAUAGAAGGCUAUAGGCCAAGUUCAAGAGGAGGAGUUUAAUUUGGAUGGGUACUCACUAGUCAGUGUGGAAUUGAUGGCCAGAUUGUCCUCUUUCUGUGCUGUAUGACUCAAUAACUCUAAUAAACUAACGAUUAAUGGGACUGGGCAGUUGAUUGUGCGAGCUCUGUGAGGCCUAUUUCUGCUUUGUAUCUCUUCAUGACUAUAUUGAAGAGUGUGAAUACAGAUCAUGUCUAGCACCGCAUGCUCAAUUCUCUGAGUUUCAGCACACUAUUACAAACCCUGCGCCUCAGUUUCCCCAAGGCAUUGUUCUGCUGCCAUUAGCAAGGGUUAACUCCCAGUAUCACUCAGUGCUCUCCAUCUCAGCGUUCACCGUCUCCACAUGCACCAUCCCACAGAUCACACACACAAGGUCAGUGCUCUCUAGCGGACUCUCUGGUGAACUGGAAGUCACACGGCGAAUCGACACAAAGUGCACAAACAGAAACGGGCUGACAAUUUAGAAUUCAGCAGCAAAUUCCCAUUGAAAAAGGUGCGCAUGUUUCUGGGACAUUGUGAACAACUGUUUUCAACCCAAUUCUGAAUGUUAUUUGGAGAUGGUGCUCUAGUUUGCAGUCCCCAGAACUGUGGCUGGAGUUGUCUGAGACCCUACCUCCCGACUCAGUGGUGAGAACUUUGCCUCUUGGCCCACACUCAUUCCAUCCACAUUUGGGUAUCCCUUUAGAUCUGUUAUGGACUCAAUGGUUUGGACAGUCUCUUCUGCCCCCAACAACUUUAUGUAAGACAUCCCAGCAUUUGGAAACCAUUCACUCAUCUCCAUUCUCAGAAUGGGAAUGACACCACGACAUCAAAGGCUCAUCCAGUCACCGAGCUGUGGCACCAAGUAUUUGCUGCUUUGCACCUUUAAGUGUUCAAGUUCAAAUCAGUAUUCCUUGCUCCUUUUCCUUUUUUUUUCUGGUUACAAUUUUCCAUAUAUAUUAAGAAAGCAAGAAUUGAAAAUAAAAUAAAAACUUUUCUCUUUUUGUCCCAAUCCAGUUCCCUGCUGUGAAAGUCAGGCAGGAAGUGAAGGUUUCCUUUCUCUUCAGUAAAACAAUGCUUUCUGUUCCCUGCUCCUGAAGGCUUUGCAUUGAGCUAGUAGGCCUCCUGAUAACGUUGAUGUGGGUAAGUGGCCGCUGUAACUGUACAGUAACCUGCUGGAUUAAAAUUCCUCCUGUAUCCUUUACACAUUUCCUUUCUGUGCAUCUCCAACCUUUCUCAAAAACAGAUUGAAAGCAUCAGUGAAACAGCAGCAAAGUUGGACCAUUAGGUUGCUAUGGCUCACUGACAUGUUAUUCCAGACAUUCACUUCUGUAACUAAAUAUAUAGCAACAACUACCCUUUCCAUGGACUGCGUCACGUGUUUUCCCAAUAAAAUGUUCAAGGGUUUGUUUAACUGGAGGCCAAUUUAGAUCAGCAAGCAGGGGCUCUGAACAUCCAGAUGUUUGAGUUCAAAUUACACAGCAGUAGCUGACGAAUGUAGUUCAAGCAAAAACUGGGGAAUGACAGUUGGUAAUGGUGGCCAUGAAACCACCAGAUCGUUAUUGAAAUCCUUCGGCUGACUGACAUCAUGCAGGAGUAGACAUCUACUUAAACCUGUUCUGGGCUCAGUAUGACUCUCGACUGCCCCCUCAGUUCAGAGAUGAGUUCUAAAUGCUGAUGCCUGCUGCCCAAACGUGGUAGAGGGUGACAUUGGCAGGGGAGAAGAUUGGUGUCUGCUCCACCAUCGUGUGGGGGACAUGACUUGUUUUGUCUUCCUAAACUCACCCAUGUGCAGUCCCUGCACUAAGUAUUCUCCAGGUUAAUAAACUGCAAAUGUGCACAGGUGUUCCCACUUAAAGACAUUGCUGAAAGUAAAAGUCAAACAGCUCUUCCUGUGCUAAACUUCAGUGGACAUUGUGACUUUAGUGAAGAGAGCAUGUGCAGUGACAUUGUUGGGAGCAGAGCAGGAGAAUACAAAUUUGGAAAUCUUAGGUCUUAGCCUUCUCUAAAACUUCACGGACUGUAUAUUCCAGUUGUUUGCCUGCUCAGCCCCAAUGUCAGGUGCAUUAACACUAUGGGAAACCACAGUGACCCAACAGCACAGCUGGUGCUCCUUCACCAGAAGCUCUGCGGAAAUUUGACCACUUCCUUUUCAAGUCUAGUUAAGGAUGUACAAUAAACAUCGACCUUUCCAGCAAUCCUCACAUCCCACAGGUGAGAUACUCCACGUACAUACCCAGUGACGUGCAGAUUCUGGGGUUCUUUCCUCCUGAAAUAAUCAUACGCAGAUUAAGAACACGUAUAUCUGUACAAACUACUUCUGGGUCCUUCUGUUAUGAUACGUGGAUUUUGACAACAAAAAUGGCUGGAGACGCUUAGCACUUUCAUGCAAGAGUGCUUAUUCAGUGCGUCAAAGAUCCAACUUUCAAAAAUUAGCAAAAACUGCCAAUGUUUACAAAAAGCUAUCUUGCAGAAAACACAUUAUAGUGUCAUUCUAUGCUCACUGUAAACUCCUAAUCUCCCUCUCCCGCUCCUCUCUCCCCCUCCCUCUUUCCCUCUCCCUCUCCCCCUCUUCCUCUCCUCUCCCUCUCCCUCUCUCACUCUCCCCCCGCUCUCCCACCUCUCCCUCUCCCCCUCCCUCACCCCCUCCCUCUUCCCCUCCCCCUCUCCCCUUCCUCUCCCUCUCCCUCUUCUCCUCACUCUUCCCCUCUCCCUCUCCCCCCUAUCCCUCUCCCCCCAUCCGCCUCCCGCUUUUACUCAGAGCGAUCAGGCCUGUAUUUUAGGUACCAGGAUAUACUGUCACUAAUUACCCACAAGGUUAACUUAAAUCUACCCAGGAAUUAGAAUAUGAUGCACCCCACAAUGUAGUUCAUAUUACGAUUUAAACAAUAUCUAUCUGAAAUACAGUACGUAAACAAUAUUUCCACAUCUCCAUUACUAAUGUAAUGGAACAUUCCACCAUGUAUGGCGGGAAAGACCAUAAGGCCAAACCCAUAAUGAGAAUAUCCCGGGGAAGACACUCAACACAACGAUAGCAGAAUGGCAACGCAAUGUGUGUGUGUACUUCCGAAAGUGGCCACAGUGAAUCAAUGAGGGUGCGUUCCUUGUUGAGCUGCUGAGGCUUCCUGGAGUUCUAUACCCCAGUAAUUUUCACUCAUUAUUGGACUUGCUGGUUCAGCUCCAGACUGUGACAGGUUUGUAUGGCCAGCGAUGAAUAAACCAUGUUCCUGGUUUUGCCAGAUGGCACGGACAAUGGUGACCAUGAACCAUUGGUCCCAGCCUAGCGGACACAUUAAUGAUGGUGGGAGGUGCUCUGUCUAGGUAUCUUGCAAAGUAGCUAAUUUUGAUCUUGAGAUCCAGUGCAUUGGCGGCUCUGUACCAUAUUGUGACUUGACCUGUCAGAAUGCUGUCCUCUAUACAUCUAUAGAGAUUCAAGUCUUUGAUAGCAUACCAACACUCCAAAAACUCCUAACCAAUUGGAGCUAUUGGCUUGCCUUUCUCAUGGCUGUAUCAAUGUUUUGGGCCCAGGAUAGAUCCUACAAGAUGUUGACCCCAGGAACUUGAAGCUGCUCACCUUUUACACUGUUGACCCCUCAGUAAGAACCUACUUUCCCUUCCUGAAGUCUGAAUGUAGAUUAAAAUGUCUGUUUCUUUCAGUCCUAAGGUACAGAGAUUUUGUCAGUGAUCUAAAGUAGUCACAUCUGUGCUCCUUGUUCCAAAUGGAUUGUAUUGCAGUGCUCCACCAUCAUUUAAUUGUUUUUGUUAGUUGCUUGCCAGUCAACUUUUUUUCUCCCCAUUUCUUUGAACAAUACAAAACUGAAAGUCUAUCAAAGAAUGUACAGUAAAAAAUGUUGCAACGGUUUGAGAGGUUGAGUUGAUUUGGACCUCCUUUUUGUAUGCCUGUAAUGUGAAAGGGCACAGUGCAAGAGGUGCUGGAACAAGAACUAGGCUGAUAAAUAUCGACUUGUUGAUAAAUGACAUCCUGAUCCACAAUUUCUGAGGGUCCAAAGAUACCUACAUGGACAAAAUGCCCAAUGUGUAGAGAAAUAAUUAAAACUGAAAAUGUGUAUGAAACUAAUAUACCAAUAUAAAUCAAGGCUAACUGUUAAUGAAAGCAUAAUAGCCACAAUACAUAGCUGUUUCAGAUUCAAAUGAUGUUACUUGUUAGAUUCAUUGCAGUCAAUUUUAAGCUGGUUGCCUUAGUAAAGUAAAUAUUGCCAUGUGC